GCAGUGAGAAGAAGAAGAAGAAGAAGAAGAAGGGGUCCAUGUGCACACGAUGACGUCGCCCUGACUCCUGCGUCUCUUUCUUUUUUCUUUUUCCGUUUUUCAAAAUCAGCACUUUUUUGUGUGUGUUUCAUUUUUGUAUUUCCCCCCCUCCCCCCGCCCGCCCGCCCGCCCCGCGGACAGUGAUAAUCCCGGAGAGCCGCGCGCUGUGCAGAAUCCUGCGGCCAUAAUGUGAGAUGAUCCGCCGCUGUCGUCCGAGCCCGUCGCUGCCUGCUCGUCCUGUCAGGAGCAGCGGCUGCGCUGCCGAGGAUUACACCGGUGAUAAUACGCAGCUAAGACUUCGCCUCCUCCUCCUCUUCCUCCUCUUCCUCCUCCCCGAGCUGUCAAACUGAAAACUAUGAAUUAGACUGACGCGUGUGUCUCCCUCCUGACAUCCACUGACUUUUUUUUUUUUUUUUGUAAUAAUUUUUUUUUUGGGGCUCUGCGUGCUUUUUCCUCCUUCUCUCCUUGUCUGGAAUACCGCUGCCCAGCAACACACACCCCCACCUGACAACUCUGAAUGUCGCUAUUAAAGGUGAAUCAAUGAGCCAGCAAUGGAGACCAAAAGAUACCAAAGUUUCUUUGAUGGAAGCGACACAGAGAACAGAUGGUCUCAUGUCCCCGGCACCAUGGAGUACUGCUGCAGCACAGAAGAUUUGAGUCUGACCAGCACUGAUAUCCUGAUGGACAUAGUCAAUGUCAGCUGCCCGGCUGGAGGUGCAGCCACCGACUGCAAAGACAACAACACAAAGAAGCAGGAGCAGCCAAUGCUUCGGCUCGGCCAGAACCAGCCAUUUGUUCUCCCACACUUCAACAACUCUCUCCACGCUCAUAAGCAGGAAAUGGACUCCAAGGAGCUUUCCAAGACUGUGGCUGAGUCCAUGGGUCUGUAUAUGAAUGCUGCCAGGGAGGCAGACUUUGCUUUCAGUCAGCAUGGGGGCAGUACCAGCCCUGGGAAGAUGUACCCAGUGUGUGGACGGCCUCUGGAUGAGACCCAGAGUGGGACCACUAAGAGCCCCAAGAUAAAGCCAUUUGGUUUUCAGCAGUCCAACGCCACUCCCAGAGAGUGCAACACUGGGACUCCUGUUAGCUCAGCGUCCAUGCUGGUCUCAUCUCUGUCCUGCAGCCCCCAGACCCCCGGCUCCAUCUCCAGCCCGGGGGGCAGCAACAACAUGGUGUCAUCAACCACCAGUCCUCCUACGUGCUUUGGAGCAGCGUGUUCAUCCGUCGGUAGUCCUGUCAGCCAGACGUCUUGUGCUGCAACGCUGGCCAACAUCAAGCGCAGGAAUUCAGCCACAUGUAGCCCAGUAGAGUCCACCACUGUGGGCUCACCACCACUCACCAGCCCACUUAAUGUCAUGAGGUCUCCCAUGUCCAGCCCUCAGAGUAUGAGCAGUGUGAGAUCGCCUCCGUCCUGCAGCACUACGUGUAACAUACGGUCGUCCGUCUCGAGCCCCACAGGUGGCAGCUGCACCAGCACUGCCAACAACUGCAACACAGCACGGCCUUCCAUCUCCAGUCCAGCCAGCGGGAGCACUAUGGCUGUCGGCAGCCCACAGAACCCCUCCUCCGGUGGGUUUCCCGUGUCCAGUCCUGCUGGUGGACUGGGUUUGGUACAGAACGACACCAACAGCCCAGAAGAAACAUCUCUGACCAGAGACUCAGACUUCAAGAACUUUGAGUUCCCCAAAGUCGAGAUGGUUGACGGAGAGGUGUUCAACGUGGGCCUGGACCAGAUGGGCAUGGUUAAGUACAUUAAGAAUGAGCCAGGAACUGACUUCAGGAGCAUGUGCUUAGGUAGCUCUAAAUGUAAUGUGAGCAGCACACCCUUUAUCACACAGAUUAAGAAUGAGCCAAACAAAAAUGAGGGAUGUAUGAAUCCACAGCCCUAUGGCGAGCACUCACCUUCUCUUGGACUCUUCUCCGCGUCUGAGACCACCUAUUUGUCCCUGAGGAAUAACAUUGACGAAUACAGUCUUUCUGGUAUCUUAGGACCCCCUGUCGCUAUGAAUGGGAACUAUGAGCCCGAUGUGUUCUCCAACAAUGUCCUGUCUAAAGGGGUUAAGCAGGAGCCUACUGAUGGCAGCUAUUACCAAGAAAAUAACAGCAUGCCCACAUCGGCCAUUGUUGGAGUUAAUUCCGGUGGACACUCAUUCCAUUACCAGAUUGGAGCCCAAGGAACAAUGUCUUUCACGCGGCAUGAUGUGAGGGACCAGUCCAACCCUUUGUUGAGCCUAAUUUCGCCCGUAACGGCGUUAAUGGAGUCGUGGAAAUCUCGGCCAGGCAUGUCGGGGCGAGGUGAAGGAUACCCAGGUCAAAACUGCAUCACAGACAACAUGUCAAGUUCGCCGCUGAGGCAGCCGUCGUCCACGGUCAAAGUGUGCCUGGUUUGCGGGGACGAGGCGUCGGGAUGCCACUACGGCGUCGUCACGUGCGGCAGCUGCAAAGUCUUCUUCAAAAGAGCAGUGGAAGGUCAGCACAACUACCUGUGCGCCGGGAGGAACGACUGCAUCAUCGACAAGAUCCGGAGGAAAAACUGUCCGGCGUGCCGCGUACGGAAGUGUCUCCAGGCCGGGAUGAACCUCGGAGCACGAAAGUCCAAAAAGUUGGGGAAGCUGAAGGGAGUCAGCGAGGACCUGCCGGGCUCCAAGGACGGCCAAACUGCCACAGGUGGCGCUGGAGGCGGUUACCUGUCCUCAGAGAAGGAGCUGAACGCCAGCGCUGCCAAUGCCCUGGUGCCCCACGGGCCCGGGGUGGUCACGCCUUUUCUGCCGCCCUCCAUCUGCAGCGUGUUGGAGCUGAUCGAGCCCGAGGAGGUGUACUCUGGCUACGACAACACACAGCCUGACACCACCGACCACCUGCUGUCCAGCCUCAACCGCCUGGCCGGAAAGCAGAUGGUGCGCAUGGUGAAGUGGGCCAAAGUACUUCCAGGUUUCCGGGGCCUGCCCAUCGAGGACCAAAUAACCCUGAUCCAGUACUCGUGGAUGUGUCUGUCCUCCUUUUGCCUCAGCUGGCGCUCGUACAAACACACCAAUGGACAGAUGCUCUACUUUGCCCCUGACCUCAUCUUUAACGAGGACCGCAUGCAUCAGUCGGCCAUGUACGACCUGUGUCUGGGCAUGCGGCAGGUGAGCCAGGAGUUCUUGCGGCUGCAGCUCAGCUACGACGAGUUCCUCUCCAUGAAGGUCCUUCUGCUUCUCAGCACAGUUCCAAAGGAGGGUCUGAAGAACCAGGCGGCGUUCGAGGAGAUGAGGGUUAAUUACAUCAAGGAGCUCCGGCGUUCAGUGGGAAAAGCAACCAACAACUCUGGCCAAACCUGGCAGCGCUUCUUCCAGCUCACCAAGCUACUGGACGCCAUGCAUGAUCUGGUGGGGAACCUGUUGGACUUCUGCUUCUACACCUUUCGCGAGUCCCAGGCGCUGAAGGUGGAGUUCCCGGAAAUGCUGGUGGAGAUCAUCAGCGACCAGAUACCAAAGGUGGAAUCGGGCCUCACUCACACAAUCUACUUCCACAAGAAGUGACUCACUGACAAACAGUUGGGACAGAAGCGACAUUUGAGAACUGGAAGGUGGUGAGAGAAGAGAGAAGCGUGCUCAGAGGGCCUGAGCUGUCUGGCCCGCGCCCUGUCACCCAGUACGCCAGCGUCCUCGUCUCGGAUUGGGAAAGUGAAGUGGCGUGGUGGCGGAAGUGGAAAAAAAACGGGGAGACGGAUUUGACCCAGCGCUCCACCACGUGCAGGUCGGAGCUGUGAAUAGUCGUGGAGCCAGCGUGACGCGCUGAAUAGCACUUGUGACAAAGCAUCCCGAAGUACCACCCGUGUCCCCCCCCCGUCCCUGCCCCCCAUCCCUGCCCCAAAGACAAUAACAGUAUUUUCUAUGGAGAUGAAGCCAUACAUUUCUUAGGAUGCGCUAGAUAUAGUCACCACGUGCACACACACACACACAUAGAGGGAAAUUGAUACACAUGCUGUCCACAUGCCUCCACGCAAACGCACAGAUGCACUCCACAUGCACUAAAAUCAGAUUACCUGACGAAUCUAGAGGGGGGGAAAAAAAAAAAUGUUUUUGCAAAUAUUAACUGUGGCUUAUGCAGUCUUUCACAAAUAAUAGCACUAUUAAAAAAAAAAACAUGCCAAUACUUAGAUUUUUUCGCUUUGCAGUGGAGCAACAUACUGCAGGACGACAGGAACAUUACGAGGAGGCACAGGAAUUAAAUCACUGUACGGCUAAAUGUCUAUUUGAAUAUACAGUAUUCCAAGGGCUACACAAGCGUCAUCACAAGUCCAAGUUUGAAGCUCGAUCUGUGUCGUCACAGCCAUCAUCAACAUCCACAUACUGAGUUUUUUCAAUUACAAAAAUGUAGUAAAACAAUCAAAACUAAUAUGCAAAGGUCCAAAGCUAACUCUGUUUUGAAAUGAAAAACAUGUGUCUCUCUCUUUGUAAAAGAAAAGCUUGCACGUGAGGCUCCCAUGUCAUGAAAUCACUAUUUUUGGCAUUGUGUGGAAUUAAUGCGACAUUGACGAAGCAAUUUUACCGUAGUGCAGAAAUGGCCGAGGAGUGCUGCAGGACGGGGAAAACAUGGCGCAUUAAAGGAAAUGAUUUUUGGUCGAGUCCGCUGGUAAUGGAUUUGACUGAGGUGCAUCCAUAGUAAUUGCUGUCAUUUGUGUUAUCUCCAGAGCAGCUGUCCAAAUGUCUGUUUUUACUCGCAAUGAAGCAAAACCAGCCCUUUGUGAAUCAAUACUUAUCUACUCUUCCCAGAAAUAAUAAAAAAGCAUUUUAUAAAAGUGUGUUGCAAAAGGUUUAGUUUUUGACAAGCCAGUCAUUUUACAUUAAGGUGCUUCAUUUCUACAAAAGCCAGACAAAACAUAACAUGUACAGUAACUUGUAGAGCAGUCCAUCCCACCCACUAUACGGAUGGACCCACAGUUUAAAGACACAUACUAUGUAAAAGUUGAUAUAAUCCAAAAUGGAGCAUUACUCUACGCAGUGCUUAUGGCAAACGGCUAAUGUAUCAAAACCAGGCAAAAUGUGUACAGGUAUUAACUUCUUAAACACGUUCUCUUCAGCAGAUGUUGUACAGAUGUUUCCAAGUACAUGUUGAUGAAUGCUUGAUGAAGAACUGUCGGUAUAAUCACCCCCCCUUUCCACUUUAGUUUGUUUCCUUUCUCUUAGCUUUGGGCCAAGUACUGCUAUUUUAGGUAUGGGCCCAGUCAUCUGGACCAUUAACUCUUGUCUCGCACCCCACUGGUUUCUGGGUGGUUGUGGAACACUACUAUGAUGCUACUGAAAAGCGAUAGAGCCGCUGGGGGGGGGGAGAAAAACAGUGGGUGUGUGUGUGUUGUUGUUGUUUUUUUCUUUCUGUGCCCUGUGAGUGUGUAUUUACAUGCGAGUAUGGAGCGAGAGCGUGUGUGCGUGUGUGUGUGUGUGUGUGGUUUAUUUUUGUUUUUGUUUUUCAUGGCAAGCAUGUGCAUAGUUGAUCUGCUCCUUCAGCGUGGGUAUUAUGCAGUUAUGUUAUAGGAUUAGCCACAUCCUAUUUCCACAUUUAGAUUUUUGCACAGAGGAGAUACAAUGUGAAAUGAGGCAUUAAUGCAGCUAUAGCAGGAAUUAUCUGGGUUGAUAAGCAACUGUGAUGAUCUGGGGGACUUUCUGCACGGGCCACCAGCCUAAAGUUAAACAACAUGACUUCACUGGCAGAGCGGGGGUGGGAGGUGGGUUUUCAUGGCCUCGGCAGUGUGGGGGGGGGACGAUUGAUGUACCAAACCAGGAUCACAACCAUCAUUAGGGACUGUGUGACAAUUAUUAGGAGGGAGUCGAGGGCAAGAGAAGGGGGCAAUGUUUUUGGGAGUUUGAUUUUUGCGCAGGGGAGGGUAGUGAGGGCGGGAGGGGGCAGGUAGGUUCACUUUCAUCUUUUAGCAGACUCGCUGUAUUUUCAUGAGGUUUUCUUUCUGUCAUAUACACGUAUUGUUUUUCAGAUACCGGGGCGGGGUAUUGCAGUUUUUUUCUUUUUUCUAACUCCAACAUUAAUAUCACAUUCCACCGUAAUAAUUUUCAUACAGUCCCUUAUCAGUAGGGCCUCAUUUUACAAUCCGUCUCACGUCAUGCAUCGUUGUGUUCAAGUUGUGAAGGACCCUGAAGCUAAUCUCUCACUGUUUCUUUUAUUUUGCCCCUUUUUUUUUUUGUCCUUUUUAAAAGGUAAAAAAAAAAAAACUGUCUAAAGGUUCAUAGGAUGACUGGGAAAGUAUUUUUGAGAGAAUUAUAUUUUGCUGGAAAACAAUAUUUAAGUACUUUGUCUAAAAAUGAUAUCCUUUUUGUAAAAUGAAAAUGUUAAUGCAUGCUUUUUGAUGAGAUGUUUACAUUGUAUUUAAAAAAGGGAAACUUGUGCCUUUUUAUCUCACAUGAUUUACAAUUUUACAGUAUAUAUAUUGUAAAUAAUACAGCAAGUCCUUAUGUUGAGUAUAGUAUAAGACAUUUCUACUUUAACCAUCUUGUUGGAAUAUUGGAAGUUUCCCACUCGCCAUGUUCUGUGUGUUGGCUCACAGAGCAGAAUUUACAAUGAGGGUUGGCGGCAGAGAGGGCCAAACGGAGAAAUGAAUGUAUCAUACAUUGUGAGAGACUUACGGAACUUACUACCUGAAUGUUACGGAGAGUAAAAACAGUAAAAAAAAUUAAAUAAAUACAUGGAUAAAUAAAAAAAAUAACAAUAAUCAAAAAACGUAUUUCUUAUUUUGUAACAAGAUGUAAGUGAUGGAUCAUUGAGUUGUUGCUGUUGAAAUUAUUUCCUAACCCAUGACGGUAUUGUUGUUGAGCACCACAAUAAAAUGGAGAAGUCACAAACUAUUGAAA